CGUACGCUAAGCUAUUUCGGAAGCAAAACGUUGUUGACCAAAAUUGAAAUCACACAUCUUUUCUUUUUGCAGCACGGGACUUUUUUUCCCCACCCCCACGUGCUGUGCGAAUUCUAAAGACGAGCGAGAAAUAGUCUCAGAACGAAGUAUGGCCUACGCAGAGGACGAAUUGGGCGUGGACGCCGGUCCUCCGAUGCGUCACGUAUCAAAUGCAAAAAUGUCUGGGUCGGGAAGGAUUCCAAUUUGUGAUGCGAAUUCUACAUCAUGAGAAAUUCUGUCAUGCAUGGCCAGCAAAAGGCCCCGUGCCCGUUUCUUGUUACCGAAGCAGGGGAUUUGUCAUGCGUCUUAGGCCUUGGGAGACCUGCUCGAAAUCUGUGCUGCUGUGCUGGCUUGCAUGCCAGACAAUCCGGGUCAGGCAAAACUGCGUCACAAAUCUCGAAUUCUUCCAGACCCAGACACUUUUGCAUCUGAUACCACGAGGGCAACUACCAGUCGGAGGAUGAGGAAGAUGACCCCGAAGACUAUUUGGACGAUUUCGAGGAUGCAGGUAAAAUUCAUCAUGCUUGCAGUCUGGGUUCUUCUUCUUGCGGUUAAAAGCAUUUCGCAAGAAGAAGGCUACAAUCUACAAUAUCAACAUGACAUUGACAUGAAAAUAGACGAUCAUAUCGCAUUCCAAAUCCAAAACCAACAGAAUCCUCCAACGCGCCGAGCCGCAAUGGGACGGGCGGCGAGCGCGUCUCGCUUAAAGACGUGAUGGACGGCAUAGCGGCCGGACACAGCGACCCAAUUGCGGCGGCCAAGCUGGGCAUCGUGGACACGGCGAGCAAUCCAAAACUGCACUUCCAGCGGACGGACAGCGUACUCGGGGAAAACCCGAGGCCGUUCAAAAGUUUGAUGCCGGAGAGGACGACAAAAGUUGGGGUGAGUUUUACUAAAUUCUGAUUCUCAUACUUAGUCAGAUGAUCGAUGUCUCUUGUUUUGGUACAACUGCUUCCGUUGCUGUAGGCCAUCUACAUCGACGAUCUGCUUCUGCAAGCAGAAUCUAGUGAAUAUACUAACUUCCAACUUGUUGAAAUUAUCAGAUAGAGAAAGGGCUGCAAUUCUCCCGUUCCCGUUCUAGUUUCAGUUCUUCCGCUUUCGUCCCCGACCAGUCCCCGGAGGCCAUCCUGGAUUUUUUCAAGGAGCAGGGUAUCCCGAGCCCUUGGUGGGCGAGAAGGAAUUCGCUUAUGCAGGACCCGGCGAAACGCGAAAAGAUACGGGCGAAGUUUCGCGACUGCCAGUUUGCCACGAACGAGAAGCUGCUGGAAACGUUAGGUCUGAAAGAGGAUCCGGACGUGGACCCCUACUCCCGCGUGGCGGAAUUUUUCGACGUAGACACGCCCGCGCCGGGCGAUUUUAUCCGUGACGCAAACGAGGCACUGGAGUAUUUCCGCGAGGAACAGCAGGAGCGCUUCAAAGACGUCGGCGCAUUAUGGAUUGCAAAAAUGUCUGGAUCUGGAAGACUGCAACUUGUAAUGCUGUCUUUAAAUUCCAAAAAAAUCUGUAUUGCAUGACCAGCAACAGGACUCCAGUUUGUGUUACGUGGAGAGGGCAUUUCUCAUGCGGAAUAGGCAUUAGGUUUAGGAAGCGCUCUAAAAAUCUGUGUCGCUAGAUCAUGCAUUAGAGGCAUCAAUCAUCAUAGAAAAUAUGCAUGACAAGUCUGCAUUCUUCCAGACCCAGACACUUUUGCACUUGAUACGCAUUGGCGAAAAGCAUAACCGGUCCGGUGUUCGCGGUGGAAUCUCUCGCGGGAGCGGACCAUGGGUCGUCGCUCAGUCCGAAAAGCCAAAGCGGUGGUAGAAGACCGUCUUCUGCCCCAGGAGCGGGUAACAGGAGAGUCGUGUCCAAGAGAUCCUCCAGUGCAGCGGCCGGCCGCAGAUUCAGCCGGGAUUCCGCGGGUUCGGCGAGCAGUAAGAAUGAGCAGACGGAGAAGUUGGGCUCCGCAGAGUUGGAGGACACCGACCACAUCGCGCACCUGUCGAAUAUCAACUGCAGAUAUGCCUUGGUCCUCUGGGACAGCGGAGCUUGUGAUGCUGCAUUUGGAUUCUUAAAAAAUCUGUAUUGCAUGAGCAGCAAAGGGAAUGCAAUUUUUGCGACGCGGAGAGGGAAUUUGUCAUGCGGAAUAGGCAUCAAGAGUGAAUGCCUCAAAAAAUCUGUGAUGCUAGGGCAUGCGUCACAGACAUCAUGGCUCAUGCAAAACGUGCAUGACAAGUCUCAGAAGCUCAUCCCGCAGCCGUCCCAGGAGCUCUUGUAACUGUCUCUCGGUAGAGAUCGCUUUGCCCGUGCUUAUUCCACUCAGAGUUUGCUGGGUAGGUGGCUACCGUUUUAAGUUUAUAAACGAAUGGGACGCCCUGCCCUUAGCCUUCCAACAUGACAAGUCUCAGAAACUACUUCCAGACCCAGAGCCAGACAUGUUUCCAAUGCAUAUCGAAACAGGAAGAGCAUGAUUUGCGGAACCUAGAACAGGCGGAAAACGCGAAAUUCGUGCUGUGCGGCGACGCGGACGAUAAGGAGGCGGUGCGGAGGAUCCUGGUGAACAAUAACCUGUGGAUGCUCGCGCAGAAGUAUGAGAGUGCACAACUCCCCCUUCUCCUCAUUUGUAAUGCAAAACUCCAAAUCCACCCUUUGCCCCUAUGGCACUUUUUGCAUAACAACUUCUGGAACUGCAACCAGCACUACAACAAGAAUGAUCCUGGAUGAAUUUCUUGUCGUGCAAAACCUGCAUUCUUGCAGCCGAUGCGUGUAUUGCCGUUCAUGCCAGACAAGUGAGGGGGAGGGGGAGCAGUUGUGCGCUUUCAUAAGAAGGAGCAGGAGAAGGCGCAGCGGUCCAUGUUCGACCGGCACGCCAUCACGAAGUCCCGGCUUAGCAAAAAGCGGUGGUUUUUGGUGAAAGCCUAUCCUAAGGGAAAACGUCCCCACCCCAUCGUCAAGUUGGGGAAUUUGCUACACAGACCCACAAGUUUUGGCUGUCCCGCAUGACAAGUUUGCAUCUGUAGUAUCGGGCUGCUUAGCAAGGAGAGCCGCAUCACAAAGACGCCUGCUUGUUAUCCUUUUUGCAGCAUUACAAAUCCCAGAACGCGACUACAAAUUUCUCUCGUCAUGCGGAUGUGCAUUACAGACGUUUCUGUGGAUGCAAACCUGCAUGACAACGAGGGAGUGGGGACGUUUUUACAUAGGAUAAAGCCUUUGGCCGCGCGGCUAUCGAGAUGGGCCCGCGGGACUUCGAGGGGGUCACCUUCCUCCAACGGUGCUACGCGGAGCGGGUGGUCCCGAAGCAGGCGGAAAAAGAAGCGUGGGCCAACGCGAUGGCGCUGUUCAAUUUGCGAGAAGCCGACCAGGAGUUGCCGAAUGGACACAAGAAGAAGGUCUUCGUCGUGCCCGAGGAACCGCCACUGCGACGCAGCGAAGCCGAGCAGAAAAUCGCUUUUCAGCGCAUGUUCCAGGGCCUCGGGCCGAACGAUGAUCUGACAGGGGCAGCAGGAGCGGGUUCUCCGAAUAGUAGGUCAGUAUCACCAGCGAAAAAUAUUCAAGACAAGACGCUGAAGAAAGGGAUGACGUUCGCGUUUGGUCUCGGUGCGCACUACAAAGAAGGGGAAACGGUUGUGCUAGACCAUGAACAGGAAGAGAUGAUGCAGGAACAGCAUCGAGCGGAAAGGGUGUUAAAAACCGCGUCACAAGAGUCCGCGAAGGCCAUGAACAAAGUCUCAUCUCUUGUCUCAACAAGACCAGGAGAAGACCACCGACAUGGCGGAAUAAACGAAAAUAAAUCUCCCUCUUCCUCUAUGGUGACCACGCUGCGCCCCGACGAGUUGAAAGCGAGGACUUUACUGCAAGAAACGGAGGAUUUGCAGCUGGAGGAGAAUGAAAAAGAUGACUUUUUCGACGAGUUCGAAUACGACCGGCGACCGGCCACGGCGCCGGUUGCAACAGGUAGUACCAGUAGUAGGGGGCAGAAACAGAAAGACCGCAAUAAAGCCUCGUCGCCUGCGUCCCGCGUGGUGCACAAAACAACUUCCACCUCUUCUACCGGCAGUGCUGUCGUGAGAAAAAAGACCACAACUUCGCAACAGGUCCGAAGUAAGCAGAACAGUCGGAUGCUGAGUUCUUCUUCCCCGGAGGACGAAGAAGAACAAGAGAACAACAGCGGGAAGAAGUCGCGACCGAGCUACUUGUGCGGCCCCGCGCUGUUCUAUGAAUUGCAAAAAUGUCUGGGUCUGGAAGAUUGCAACUUGUCAUGCUGUCUUUGGAUUCCAAAAAAAUCUGUAUUGCGUGACCAACAACAGGAGUCCAGUUUGUGGUACGCGGAGAGGGCAUUUCUCAUGCGGAAUAGGGAUCAGGAAGCCCUCUAAAAAUCUGUGAUGCUAUAUCAUGCAUCACAUGCAUUAUGGCUCAUACAAAAUAUGCAUCACAAAUCCCGGAACUUUCCAGACCCAGACAUUUUUACAUUUGAUAUGUUCCAGCACCAACCCAAGUCGUUCCUCGUGCCCGGCGCGCGCACGCUGACGGAGAUGCCAAAAAAGUCCGGCGCGGGGCCGCCGGAGGGCAUUGCCGCGGGGAAGUCUUUGUCGCAGAUGAACGAGCAGCGGCGGAAGCAGUCGGCUCUGGGACGGUUGAGCAGUCGCCGGCUCAUUUACGAGGUGCGGGAUCUGAAGGAGGAGAUGCAGGCGCAGAACGCCGCGGACGAAUUGAUGAACCUGUCGGAUUACGGCUUCCGCCGCGGACCGCAGAAGGUUAUCCGGAAACAGUCGACAGUGCCGAAGAAGAAGCGGAUUUCCUACACCGUUCUGAUGCCGUACGAAGACUGACGGGAUGAUGAGAUUUUUUGCUGGGUAGAAGUGUCAGCAACAGUACACUUCAUCUGCAAGAAUAAUUCAUCUCCAGGUCAAAUCAUUACUAUUCUGUACAAUUACAGUGGAACUCGAACUACAACCACCAGAAGAAUCGGUAGUUUUCCGUUAACCUGUUUUAUUCGGAGUUUACAUUUACAAUCUUUAUCUUUGAUGAGCAGUUAUCUUUUAGUCUUCGGAACAAUAGCAGAAAUUCUAGCUCAGAAACAGGAUGACUUCUUCUAGUCAGAUCUGUUUUCACCAUAGUUUUUCCAAUCGUAAAUCUUAAUCUUUCAAAAUUUCCUAGCAGUAUGAACGGAGCGCAUCAAGCAGAUUACCGCUUGAGUAGCGCACAAAAAUCGUUUUUGUUUCAUCAUACAUGUAGUAACUUUUUUGGAAUUUGAUAUAGUCGUCUCAACGAAGCGGAACCACACAUCCU